AUGAAGUAUAUGAUCGGUUUAUUUUUCAUCAGUUUACUUUUAUUAGCAACUUUUGCUGAUGAUUCCGACACAAGUUCAGCGUUAGUUGAGCCAGAGGAUGUUAGCAGUUUAGCAUCGCCUGAAAAUCCCGAAUAUGUUGGACAAACAUUGGAUGAUGAAGCAGAUGAAGAAGCGGACACAAACGGUCCCGAUGAUAAUGAUGAUGAUGAACUAGGUACUGAGGAUGACGAGGGUGAUGAUGAAAAUGACGACGAAAACGGCGGCGAUGAUGAAAAUGGCGGCGAUGAUGAAAACGGCGGCGAUGAUGAAAAUGGCGACAAAAACAGCGGCGGUUAUGGAUCUGUUGAUAAUGAUGAUGAUGAAGACGACAAUGAUAGCGCAUAA